AUCACGUGUCUCAAAUGUAUUCCGACAUCAGCUCCCUAGUCUACACCAAUGGAAAGAGGGUAUCAAUACUUUCUUCAGAGGAGGGAAUCCACCAAGGAGACCCACUCGGUCCUGCACUAUUUUCCAUUGCCAUUCAGAGCAGUCUGCUAGAGGUGCAAAGAGCUAAUCCAAAUGUCACUUGCUUAGCAUAUUUGGAUGACGUUUUCAUCUUGGGACCAGUCGAUGCUGUUGUAGCAGCGUCAGCUGAUCUCAGAUCUUCUUUUUCACCUAUUGGACUAGUAAUUCAAGAUAAGAAGUGUGAAUUGUUUAUUUCUGAGGUAUCACCACCUUGUGAUGUCUCAUUCCCGGUUUCAAGUGAUGGUGUUAUCAUACUGGGGAUCCCCAUUGGCAACAGCUCAUUCAUCUCAACAGUCUGUACUGACUGUGCCCAGUCGGGAAGUUUACUCUGUGAGGAAUUGCUUCAGCUGGAGGAUACACAAAGUGCAUUGCUUCUCCUUCGCUAUUGUCAUAUUAACCGUUUGUGUCACCUGCUAAGGAGUAUUCCUCCUCAAGAUUUAAGUCACGCUGCGGUCAUACAUGACAGACAAACACGCACUGCCUUUACCAAACUACUGAACAUUGAUGAAAUGACUGCUGAACCUUGGGCACAGGCAACUCUCCCUGUAAGGUCAGGCCCUAUCAGAUCUCCUCUGCAACACCAAAGGGCUUCAGCACAAUUUGACUGA